AUGGCGACCUACUUUGGCAUCCUACCAAAUGAACUCAUCGACUCCAUCUCGGCGGCGCAUGCGGACGGGCCCACGACGCGUCUCUUGCGGUUACCGCAUCCACGAACAAGCAUACCCUCUCUGUUUGCCCUCUAUGCCACUGGAAACCAACUCGCCGAGGUGCAAGCAGUCGCCCCACCGAACGAGCGGUCAUGGUUCCUAGGCGAUAAUGUGGUCGCAGAUGGCCGACUACUUGUCAUGACCCCCAUGGACCCCACUUUCCUCCUCAUACCCCUCCUGUUGGCUUUGCAAUCGCCAGACGGCUCACUCGGCCAACUACGCCCAUGGGACGACAUCGUCGAAGACAUAGUCACCAAAGUCGCCACCGACCCCGCCGAUCCCCCAAAGGACCGCUCCACCAUACUCGACGCUGCUGACCUCUCGGCCUUCCUCGAGAGCCCAUGUUGUCGCUCCGCGUUGCGCAAUAUAUGUCAGUGUGAAGCCAUAACACCCGAAAUCACUGUCUACCGCUAUUCCCCACCCAUCCUCACCGCCUACCUCCAACGCAAAGUUGCCCGCCUCUCCGAAUCCUCCUUGCAAGAGGGCUCGAAGACGGUGACGCGCAACCUCGCGAAAGACGGGCUCAUGGAAGAUGGCAAGGAGGAGCUACUGAAGCUCGGCCGCACGCGCGCUGCCUGCGACCUCGUUUCGCAGUACCUCCCUCGAGACAUUUACAAUGCCCUGAAAGCCACAUAUGACUUCACCCCCCUCGAAGCACACCUUAAAACCCUGCACGAAGCCGACAUCCUCACCGCUGCUGAAAAUACCACGAAGGGGAAGAAGGGGGCGGCGAAGGGCAAAGGCGGGACGACCACCGCCGCAGAUUCGAAGAAGCGGAAAGGUAAAGGCUCGCAGGGCGUAGAGAAGUUGAAGAAGGCGAACACGGAGGGCAUGUCGAAGUUGUCUAGCUAUUUCACGAAGAAGUGA